UUUACAACAGAGACAAAAGCUGACUCAGUUCUCCAGGCAACACUCCUUCCAACACUGGACAUAGGCACCCCAUUCUUAGCACAGAAGGGCGCACCGCCCCUUCCCCUGCGCAUGCGCAGGCUGCAUUUCGGCUCCUGGUCGAUCCCUGGCCUUGCGUCCCUCCUGGGAACAUUUCUUGGCCUUCGGCUCUGCGCACAGCCCGGAGCGGAGGGUGAGCCCUACGCGGCGGCAAGGGCGGAGGGUUCUGGGAGCUCGGGGCCAUGGGACCGCUGUCGGCAGCAAACAGGGACCCGCGGGGGGCCGGUCUGGGGUGCAUUCGGACGCCGGGGUUCGGGCUGCGGGGGUCCAGAUGGUCUGCACCUCUGCAGAGCAAACCUAGGGCCGCUAGCGGGUGCUGCGCGUGCGCGUUUUGUGCAGCAGGCGGGGGCGGUGCGGGGUUGUAGGGAGGGAACGUGAGGAGUUAGCGUGGCGUGAGCGUGAUGCUGUGACGCGUUUGUCCUCUGGCUCCUGGAGCCAGAUGCUGGGAUGUGGGGGCGGAUGGACCACUCUGGUCCCGAGUGAAUGAAUUACUGGGACAGGAUAACCCACUCGGGACUCUUGUUUCCUUUUCUGCACAAUGUGAUUAUUACGAAUACUUCUUUCUUUUUUUCUUUUUCUUUCUUUUUUCUUUUUUUUUUUUAAAGCUGCAACUACUUCUUGUGCAGGAAAUACCCUGUGAGGGUCACAGGGAGCCCACCCUUGCCGCGGGCCUUUGGACUGGUCCCUAGGGCGCAGUGUUUGGAGUGGAAGAGGAAAGAGCCGGCCUAGCUAGCCUUCUGCCCCUCAAACACUUGGAAUCCCCGUUUUGAAUUUGAUAUUCGCUCAUUUGUUGUGUGUAAUGACACAAUAUCCUGAAACCAUGGAAGACUGUGUGCCCGCCGAAAGUCUGAGACAAGUUUAAGGAGAGAGAGCUCUUCCCUCCUCCACUCAGAGCAGAAAAUGAACAAAUCCCAGGAGCAAGUGUCGUUCAGGGAUGUGUGUGUGGAUUUCACCAAGGAGGAGUGGUAUCUGCUGGACCCUGCUCAGAAAGUGCUUUACAGAGAUGUGACCCUGGAGAACUAUAGCAACUUUGUCUCAGUAGGGUAUUGUGUUACUAAACCAGAUGUGAUCUUCAAAAUAGAACAAGGAGAAGAGCCAUGGAUACCAGAAAAUGGAUUCCCAUGCUACCCAGAAAGGAAAUGGAAAGUGGAUGGCCUAUUGGAGAGCAACCAGGAAGAUCAAGGUGACCAUUUGUGGCCGCUCAUGCUCACCAGCAAGCUCGUGCAUGUAGACAGUGGCGGUAACCCAAGAAAAACCUCCGCUCUAGAAAUGGACCCUGUUUCUUCAACAAGUUUUCUGCUCAAAAUAUGUGACUCAUGUGAAAUGAAUUUAAAGAAUAUUUCAGGUGUCAUUAUUAGUAAAAAGAACUAUUCCAGAAGGAAACUUGAUGAGUUUAAUAUAGGUGAGAAACCACUCCUUAAAAUUGGGCAUGAGAAAAUUCCCGUAGGAGCAAAAUCAUAUAAAUACAAUGAGAAAAGGGGUAGCCUCAGCCUUUGCCAGGGUCUCACACGGCCAGUUUCUGGUCAGCCUUUUGAGUAUCAUGAAAACGAACAAGGCUUCCGUGAGGAAGUGGCCCUGUGCCCGAGUCAGCUCUCUCACUCAGGGCAGACGCUCUGUAAACACACCGAGUGCGGAAGAACGUUCGUCGACAGUUUGAAGCUCAGUGUGCCGCAGAAAACUCACCUGCGCAUGGAGCCGCACGAAUGCAGCAUUUGUAGAAAGUCCCUUCAUGUAGAUUUUCAGUUUGGACAUGAGGGAGCUCUUCCCAGGAGCAGUCCUUGUGAGCGGAACACCUAUGACAAAAUCUUCUGCGAUGGCCCAGCUUUCAUUGUUCACCAGGAAGCUUACUCGAGACAGAGUGCCCAGGAGUAUAAGGUGAGUAACAACGCAUGGGCAAAGUCAGCUCUCUUUAAACACCAGCUAGUCCAGAUGGGGGCGAAACCCUAUCAGUACCAUGAAAACGGGAAACUUUUCAGCAAGAAAUCACAUCCCACCCAGUCUCGAAGAGCUCACUUGGGAGGAAAAACCUUUGAAUGUGGUGAGUGUGGUAAAAUGUUCUGGGAGAAAUCAAACCUCACCCAGCACCAGAGAACGCACACCGGAGAGAAACCCUAUGAAUGUACCGAAUGUGGGAAAGCCUUUUGCCAAAAACCACACCUUACCAACCACCAGCGAACGCACACGGGAGAGAAACCCUACGAAUGCAAGCAAUGUGGGAAGACCUUCUGUGUCAAAUCAAACCUCACCGAACAUCAAAGAACACAUACAGGGGAGAAGCCCUAUGAAUGUAAUGCAUGUAGGAAAACCUUCUGCCACAGGUCCGCCCUCACCGUCCAUCAGAGAACACAUACAGGAGAGAAACCGUUUAUAUGCAAUGAAUGCGGGAAGUCCUUUUGUGUGAAGUCAAACCUGAUUGUACAUCAAAGAACUCACACCGGGGAGAAGCCCUACAAGUGUAACGAGUGUGGGAAGAUGUUCUGUGAAAAGUCAGCUCUCACUAAACACCAGAGAACUCACACGGGGGAGAAGCCCUACGAGUGUAACGUGUGUGGGAAGACCUUCGGUCAGAGGUCGGUGCUCACCAAGCAUCAGAGAAUUCACUCCAGGGUGAAGGCUCUGGAAGCCUCCUAGAUGGCCACCUUCCUUAUGCCUGUCAGGUCGGUUGUACGGUUUGAAAAGUGAGCUUAGAGCCUGCCAAAGAAUACCAGAGUCCUAGAAAAUGCCAUUAUGUUGAAAUACAUGAAAGCUUUCAAGAAAAUACAAACUUUCAUUAGAAGAUUGUUUUAAAGGGAAAUCAUUUAUAUAAACAUAUGGUUAAAAAAUCUAUAAAGUUUAAAUUAUAUGUCUUCCAAAUGUGUUUCAAAAUUGUAUUUUAAAUAUAAUGGAUAAUAUUAAUUUUACUUGUAUUCCUAGGAGAGUAUGAAACUUAAAAGUGAGUGAAAAUAGCAUUAAACAUGUAUGUAAAGAACAUCUUAUGUUUAUAGACCUUGUGUGAGUAUGCUAAUGUAAUAUUUAUGUACUUUAGGAAGUGCUUGAUCUGUGUAUUAGAACCCAGUAGGGAUGUGAGGAAAAACUGAACCCUUAGUGUAACAGCUAUUAUGGUAUACUUUCAACACUAAGUACCACCAGUGUCUUUUUAGGUUGAUAAGAUUAUGUAUGCUUAUGGACAUACGUGUGAAUGUGGAUCUACAUGUACGCAUAUGUAAAUAUAUGUAUAUGCAUGUACACAAAUGGAGAUGUCAUAAAGGCAGCUCACACCAACUUCAAAGUACUGAUAAUUGGUAAAACUUCAAGAAUUGUGUGAAUCAACCGUUUAAAGUUACACGAAGUUGCAGUUAAAUUAUAUGGAGAGCAAAGGAAAUAAACAGCCCUCGUCAUCCCUAAUGGUUUGCUGUCUUUCCCUGGUACCUUUGCUGCGUGCCAUUGGUCUCCAUGUGGAGAGUGCUGCAGAGUGCGGCUACUGCUGCUGUAUCUCCAGACUCCACCACAUCCAUCCCUACUCUCGUGUUGGUAGCUUGGCCUUCGAAACCGACAAGGCAUGUGUCAGGGUAUGGAUUUCCUCAGAGAAGCUGUGUGCAUGUAAGCUAUAUGGCAGACUUAGAGUAUAAAUCGCCCAUCCUUCUUUCUAGUUCCUAAAAUAAAUAAAUAAAAAUGGCUAUAGCCAUCAUUACCAAACUGCCUCUAUGGUAAAGAAGCCAAAAGAUGGUUUAUUGAGCCCUUUAGUUACCUCAGAAUUGUCUAGUUCUAAAUACUACCAUUCUCUUGUUAGGUUGGCCAGUAUGUUUCAAAUGACAUUGUUUCACGCACACACAAAACAUUGUCACAUACUUUUCACUAUUUUUGACCACGAGUAGGUGUGAUUAUUAUUACCAAACUACCCAUUUGGUGAAAAAAAAAUCAAGCAGUAUAUUUCUGAGGGUUUUUCUUAGCUACCUUUAUGUCAACCAUAUAAAUGCUGUUAAUAAAAAUGGUAUUUACAUGACUUAACAUGAGUUGUAAAUGUUUAUACUGCACUCUAAAAAUGAAAUAUGGUAGUGUAUAAUAAAAUGCUCAUUUUUUUA